CUGGAGGCGGUCACCCCAAGUGGGCGCACGCCCAGCGCUGCUCCUGCCCCGCGCACCCUCCCUCUGCCUUUCACUUCCCAGCUGCCAAGAUCUUGGAAGCUUUGAAGCUCAACAAAGGAAGGAAGCCCAUUGAGAACAUUCUGUAAAGGUGGUGUCAAGAAGCAGUGUCCUGAUAACGGGACUCUUCUAGUCUCCUUGCCUGAAGCUGAGAUUCUUCACUGGACUUCAUCGGUGAGAAGAUGUCCUUCAGAUUUGGCCAACAUCUCAUCAAGCCCUCUGUGGUGUUCCUUAAAACAGAACUGUCCUUUGCCCUUGUGAACAGGAAACCUGUUGUACCAGGACAUGUUCUUGUGUGUCCCCUUCGACCAGUGGACCGCUUUCAGGAUUUGCGUCCUGAUGAAGUGGCUGAUUUGUUUCAGGCAACCCAGAGAGUUGGCAUGGUGGUGGAGAAGCAUUUCCAGGGCACGUCUCUCACUUUCUCCAUGCAGGAUGGCCCUGAAGCUGGACAGACUGUGAAGCAUGUUCAUGUCCAUGUUCUUCCCAGGAAGGCUGGUGACUUUCGCAGGAAUGACAGCAUUUAUGAUGAGCUCCAGAAGCAUGACAAAGAGGAGGAGGACUCCCCAGCCUUGUGGAGAUCAGAAGAGGAGAUGGCAGCAGAAGCUGCAGCACUGCGGGCCUACUUUCAGUGAGGCAGGCAUGAAAGUAACUUGAACAAAUCCCAAGGCAUAAGGAAACAGGCCUCGUUCUUUAGGACUGCUGCAUCCGCAUUGGAAAUGAAGCUAAGCUGACUUUAUUAUACCCCACGAUUCUGCAACCUUUUGUGAAGCAUUUUAUUAUACGUGUGGAAGCUAUCAGGGUUAUGGUUCAAUCACGAUGACUGACAGGCUAACUUCAAAGCACCAGCACCUGCUGCCCUUGCACAUCCCUUGCCUGUGUACUUAGAAUAAACCCUUUUCUAAACUGUUCCUUGCCUGGAUGGAAAUAAAGCAGUA